AUGAUUUGGUGGUGGAUUUUAUACGUGGCGGCAGCAGAGUAUUUGGUCAUCCUCAAGCCCCAUCUGCGCGUGGACGUCGCCACCAACUGGAUCCGGUCCAAUUUCCGCCAGGAGCCUCCACCAGUUAAGCGGCAAUUCACCAUCGGCACCAUCUCUGGUUUCGUCGCUGACUUUGAGCCGCGAGGACUCAGUAUCCUCAGCAAGUGUCCCGAAGUGUUGAUGAUCCACGACGAUACGCCCGUGAAGCAGUUGGAAGUGGUGGAACAGGCCCCCGCCCCUCGUCACUUAGCGAGAAUAUCGCAACGGCUGCUGUUUAGCGACGAGCCAGGGAGUGCGUACCGGUGGGACGACGACGCUUCAGGCCAGGGAGUAACCGUGUACGUGUUGGAUCUGGGGGUUAACGUUGAUUUUGACGAGUUCGAAGGGCGUGCGGAAGUGGGAGCCAACUUUACUCCCGAGCUGACGGAUGACGCUAACGGUCACGGUACCCACGUCGCCGGUAUCGUCGGCAGUGCCACUUACGGGGUGGCCAAAGAUGUCCAAAUUACCCUGGUGAAAGUGCUUGACCAAAGAGGUAGGGGCAGCUUGUCGACGAUCUUUUUGGGCAUGGAGUAUGCCGUCAACGAUAUGGAGGCCAAGGGAGUACCGGCAGUGAUGAACCUUUCCCUUGGCUCGGUACGGCUGCGAGCGUUUAACGAAGUGGUUAACGAGGUGGUCAAAAUGGGGAUGGUGGUGGUGGUGGCUGCGGGCAAUGAGCACAUCAACGCCUGUCUUCUGAGUCCGGCACUGGCUUCUGGGGCGAUCACCGUGGGUGCCAUUGCCGAUAGCGACGAUGCCCUAGCUCCCUUUUCCAAUUGGGGUUAUUGUGUUGACUUAUUCGCUCCUGGAGUCAGGGUAGAGACUCGCGGCCAUUGA